UAAACGUUAAGUGAAAAACGAAAAUAAUUUUCGGUAAAAUUUAUUUUUUCCUAGCUUCGCUGGUCUAACUUUUUUCCGAAUUUUCAAUAAGAAAACACUUAAAAUGUUGAAAUAAAGUGCAAUAAUUUAAAAGUUUAAUUAGUAUAGUAAAGAUAUUUCAAGUAUUUCCUUCAAGAAAUACUCCAAUACCUCUCGAAAAUUCUUGCAAAUCGGCUGCCGAAAAGUUCAAAGAGAUCUCAUCUAUAUUUUUCGUAUACACAACACACGUUUUAGCUCAUCAUCUUUUUUUUUAUUCUGCCGAUAAAAAUGCGAAAAUCUAUUUGAUAGUAUCUUUAUUUUAUUGUUUAUGCUUUAAAUAGUUAUUGUAUUUUUUACUGUCGAGUGUUUUACUGUGAGAAAAAACACAUCUCGCCGAUAAAAUCAUGAAUUUCGCAUGGAAUUAUCUAUUUGUUUUGAUUUGGAUUGCUUAUCUGAUUGGAUCGGGUGUCUUCCUGUUUUCCCGGGGAUUCUUAUUGUCAAGAGUCUCUAAAACAGAUGUCAGUACGUGUAGACGGCUUUCAAUUAAUCCGGAAGAGGAAUAUUAUUUAAGUGAAGAAAUCGUUGAGGAAAUCUUUAAAGAUGUAAACGCAUCAUCGAAUCUAUGUCUUCCAGCUAAAUCAAAAGUUAUUAUUCUACUCAUCGAUGCCUUAAAGUAUGAGUUUGGUAUAUUCAAGCCAAACUUAUCCGACCCAUUACCAUAUGAGAAUAAGUUAACAAUUAUGAAUGAUCUCUUAACAACCGAUCCGGAACGUAGUCGUAUAUUACGUUUUCAUGCCGAUCCACCAACAACAACUCUACAACGUCUUAAAGGUUUAACAACUGGUAGUUUGCCAACUUUUAUCGAUAUAGGAUCAAAUUUUGCAUCGCCAGAAAUUAAUGAAGAUAAUAUAAUCGAUCAAAUGAUUCAUAAUAAUUUACCAGUUGUGUUUAUGGGCGAUAGUACAUGGACAGAUUUAUAUCCAAAACGAUUUUUGAGGUCUUACUCAUAUCCAAGUUUUGAUAUAUUCGAUUUGGAUACUGUCGAUACAAAAAUUAAGAAACAUUUACCAAAUGAAUUGAGGAAAGACGAUUGGGAGGUGUUGAUUGCUCAUUUCUUGGGAGUGGAUCAUUGUGGACAUAAACAUGGACCAUUGCAUGAAGAAAUGUCAAGAAAAUUGACUGAAAUGGAUGAUGUCAUAAAAUCUGUAAUUGAACAAAUGGAUAAUGACACAACACUCUUGAUUAUGGGCGAUCAUGGAAUGACUAUUUCUGGUGAUCAUGGUGGUGACUCGGAUGACGAAACAAAUGCACUGCUAUUUGCUUACACAAAACACAAAAAAUUCAUUCCCAAUGAAUAUGGAUCAGAUAACAAUUCUCUUCAACAGAUUGACCUCGUACCGACGUUAGCCACAAUUCUCGGCAUACCAAUACCCUAUUCGAAUUUGGGUUUAAUCAAUUUUAAUAUAGUGCCUGAUGUUGCUGUGCCUUUUAUGUCGAGAUAUCAAGUUCUGUUGCUCCAUGCGUGGCAGAAUGCUCAACAAAUCUACAAAUACUUCUACAAUUAUGCAUUGGAAAAUAAACGGACAUUUAGUUUUGAUGAUAUGGAUUCCAUGGAGUCUCGAUUUCUCCUACUUACCCAUAGAGUCAAAACCAUUUACACUGAAGUGGCAUUUAAAAGUUUCAUUCAAGAUCUAAAUGCCCAUUUGAGAGAUGUCCUAAAUGUUUGUCGUGAAAUUUGGGUUAAAUUCGAUGCUACCCAAAUGUCUCAAGGACUCUUGAUUACCUUCUUGCCGAUAUUCUUCUCAUUCUUGUUGAUAAACAACUCACGGGCCAUAGAUUUUCCAAAAAUCUUCACAAUCCGAGUUGUUUUGUAUGCGUAUUUGUUAAAUAUGGCCUGUGGAGUAUUUGGCUAUCGUUAUUUCAAAAAGUUCUCCUUCAAAACUGAAGAGCAUGGAAUAAUAUUCUUCACUAGCAUUGUGAGUACUUUGAUGUUGGUAUUUUUGACGCUGAAAAAUUGGGGUGCAAUUGCAACCAAUUGGAGUUUAAUGAAGCGUUUUGGAAACAUGACCACACGCAUCAUCUGUUUCAUCCUUAUUUCAGUAUUCUUCUCGAAUAGUUUCAUCAUUCAGGAACCAAAAAUUAUUUCGUAUCUACUCACUGCCGUGAUUUUGCUGUUGAUCUAUGAGAUUCUUCAGCAAAGUCUGAAAGUAGAUUUUAAGACAAAAUUCCGAGUUGGAGUGUUUUUAAAGUCGAUAUCAUUUCGAUUGGUAUUGGCUGGUAUUCUAGCAAUCAUUCUCCUUCGUUCAGCUUACUCGCUAUUUCGAUGUCGCGAGGAGCAAGGAGAUUGUGGAGAUUUUUCGAAUAAUUCCAGUGGUUUCACAUUCAAACGACCAGCGAAUCCGAAAACCUAUCUGAUUGCAGUGGUGGUUGUUGUUUUGUACACAACUCUGACUCGGUUAUACCUGCGCUCCUGUGGCAACUUGACAGGAUCAUCGGUAAAUGUGCUUCUGGCACGUUAUGGUCCAACAAUUGCAUCGAUAUGCGCCGGUGGACAUAUUCUACUGACCAAUAGUGCUAUUAAGAACAUCAAACGAAAUCAUAUUGAUUCGAUGGCUUUGGUGAUCUAUGCAUUGUUGCUUUUACAAAUCAUUGUUGUGUCAGUGUCGCCUUUGAUGACGUACGUUUUGCCACCGAGGACUAAUAUGAUCUCAGUGAAAACAGCCGAGGGAGUUGUUCCGGAGAUAUUUAAAAAGAUGAAGCAACAAUAUGAUGGUGGAGCUGUCGACGACACGGAAAAGAAUUAUGAAAUUCCGGUGGUUUAUGGUCUGGCGACUGUUUAUUCAUCAAUUUUGAUAUCAUUUGGAGUUUUUCUAGCUAUGGUUCUGAUUAUUCUACUCGAACCUAAAUCAUCAAUUGGACUUGUUAUAUGCAUCGCUGUAGCAGCGGUGAUAUUGGUAGUACAUUCGAUUCUGAGAUAUCGCACUGCCACUAGUUUUGAAACUUGCAUUCAACCAACAUAUACUGCAAUUGUCGGAUGGUUUUUGUUGGCGAAUUUCUGUUUCUUUGCUACCUCACAUCAAACGACCUUGUCUCAGAUCGAUUGGAGAGCUGCAUUUGUCGGUAGAACCUCAUUCAUACGCAAUUCGAAUUUUAUUUCUGGAGUUUUGGUCAUUUUAAAUACAUUUUGUGGGCAAAUAUUCUUUAUGUGCAUGUAUGGAUUAUUGAGUUCAGAGACAUUUUCCAUAUUUGCCCUCUUCCCAACUCUGAUUCGUUCGAAUUGUAAAGAAAAAACCAAAGAAACUGAUCCUCGAAUUAGUAAUUCUAUGAAGACAAAUAAUGAAAUCUCGCAACAGAGUGUUGGCUUUGAUAUGACACGUGGGGAAUUGAUACUUUUUGAGAAUGAGAGUGUCUAUCUGGGAACUCUUUUUAAACUUGCUACACAAUUUUUUAUGCUUCAAGGAGUUAAGAUAUUUUGUGCAAUGAUGGCAUGUACGAUACAUUGUCGUCAUUUAAUGGUAUGGAAGAUAUUUGCUCCUCGAUUUAUUUAUGAAGGACUUGCAACGUAUGUUUCCUUCCCAGCUAUUAUUAUUGGUUACUUAAUAAUCGUUCGAGUACAUUGGUCGGUUGAUAGAUUAAUAAAUAGGAUAAAUAAAAUAAAAUGAAAGACAUCUAAAGAAUAUUGGAAAGAAAAACAAAAAAAAUAUAGAACAAAUCUGGUCAAAUUGUAUUGAAAAAAUUUUAUUAUUUAUAUGUAUUUUUAUUAUUUUUACUUUGUAUUUUUCUAUUUUAUAAAAAAAAAAAGCUCCAAAACCGUGUAAAAUGGUUUCGUCCAAAGACUCAACUUAAAGCAAUAUCAAUAGAGUAUCGUUUUUGUUUUUUCGUUUAAAUAAAAAAUAACAAACAUUGUUAAAAUCUAAAAAAAAAAUAAAAA